AUGGGCUUUGGAGGUAUAAGUACGAUUAUCUCACCGCGUCUUUUUCAUACAGUCAGUCCAUUCGACUUCCUGAUCUCUCUUCCUUUUUGUGAAGCGUUGUCUACACGUCAAUCUCUCUCUGCCGAAGAAAUACAUUUGCUCAUUACUCUUCGAUUUUCUCUGAAUUCAGUUUUCGAACUCCACUGCCUGGAAACAUGGCCGGACCCAAGAAGCAACCCAAGUCCCCUCCGGUCACAAAAGGUACGCGAAACUCGUCACCAGUAGAACCCUUUUCGGCAACAAGCUCCGAGACUGGCACCACCUACACAGCCCUAACUUCCUUGUCGAAUCAAGAUGUCGCCGAGGAGAAAGCAGUCAAAGACUACAAGCCAAACGCGAGGGUGCCAAUCGCAAGGUUGCCGUACAAACUCAGAGCUCUUCCUGCUCUGUUCGUGUACGAAGUCGAUAUACUGGCAAAAACCGCGGACAAUGAAGCAAAUGAAUGCGAUGGACAGGGUGCGGAUCCAUCAUCGGGAGAUCCCAAGAUCAAACAAGUGCUGAGCCAGAGACUUCGUCAAGAGGCCCUUUGUGAGCUUAUCCUCACAUUUGUCGAGCCAAAGUUCAUUGGCCGCGUUGCGAUUGACAUGGAUGCCAGGGAGGGCAUACUCCAUGGAAGCGAGACUGUUACGAAGCAGGGUCCUACGAGUUAUUUGAUCAUCCCUCUCGAGGAAAGUGAGAACCCUGCCGAUGUCUGGCUCCGUGGCCGCAGAGUGGAGGGCUCCAUACUCCCCCUCUCCAAGACCAAGAGGAAGCAGCGCUGCCAGGGGCCGGUACAGAAGGAGGAGAACAUCGUUUGUAAGAUGGGUCUGGGAAAGAAAUUGAACCCCGGAAUCGGCGGAACAGACGGACGUCUUUAUGCCAAGUGUUUUGAGACCAUCUUUCGCACAUAUGCCAAUCUCGAUGGCCGGAAAGACUUUCAGGCGGAUUCUGCUGAUCUGCUGCUACCGAACUGUUCCUACGGUACUGCCCCACUGGGGCUCUCGAAAAUUGAGCCACGGAUACGGUGUCGACCAACGAUAAAGAUCCAUGGACGUGAUCAUGCUCAGGUCCACUUGGACUAUGACCUCGUGCCGACAAUGCGGAAGGAGACAAAUUUGACGGCGGUUUUGGACGAUUACUUUCUGGCCACCGGCUCGAGAGACGCUCCAUCCAAGUAUCACAUCAUCUCUCGCCUUCUUUGUGGUAUACGUGUCAAUUACAAGCCGCACUCUAGCGACGAAAAGCUUUCCACCGGACAGUUGGAUGGAGGCAGCGUACAUACUGGAAAGGGACUUGACAGUUCGCCGACGUUGAAGAAUGUGAGCCCAGCGUCUGCGGAUACCGCUGCUCCUGAUGGGUCGUUUCCCAUGACCCGAGUCAUCCGGGACAUUAGGCCGGCGGCCGAGAUGAACUCAAUAUUCGUCGAAACAAGCCAGGGCUACAAAUCCGUGAAGGACUUAGUGGGUUCAGCUUCCACUUCCGGUGUCACUCAUCAGAAGUACCCAAUAGCCAACAUUGGCGGAAAGCGACCGUUUUGGGUGCCGUUACACGACCUUCAUGUCGAGCUUGACCAGAUUUAUCGUGGGGCGGGUCACUUCACACCCGAUCUCAAAGCUGCUCUGACGAAGCUUCAAGGCCAUAAAGACCUAAUGCGUGAUAUCAUCGCUCAUGGCCAGAACUACAUCAAACAGGCCCUGGUCGCCCCUCAGCGCUCUCAACACAAAUCGCAAACCCCUUAUCAGCUCGCUGUGCGCCAGACGGGAGGGGGAAGUAUCAUCCCAGCAAAGCAGUCGAGAAACGUCGACUAUCUAGUGUCACCACGCCAGCGCCGAGACGAAGCGAACUCCAUCACAACACUUGAGGAAGAGAGGCUUACCGUCAUAUACAUUUCGCAUGAUGAUGACGGGUUCGAACUGAAGUUGAAGGAACGACUCGAAGGUCCAGAACAGUCAACGUUCCGCUUCACUGACGUCCGGACUGUGCAUAUUAAGUCCUUAGCGGAACUGAUCCGUCAGCAGGUUGAUAUGCAUAGUCCGCUCAUGCAAGCGGUUUUCCAUCCCGAAAGCUCCGUGAUUAUUGGAGUCUUGGACCGCAAAAACAUUAGUGCUGACGCUUACGAAGAGAUCAGGGCUGAACUCCAGCGAUUUGGAGACAGGAAACCCGGAGCCGUGACGGUGUGCGCCCACAAGCACGAUCUUGAGGGCUGCCUUCAGCGUCCUGGACGGAACCUGUUUGCCGCAAAUCUCAUGCGAAAGAUCAAGCUCAUGCUCGGCUCUCUUGUUUGGGAGACAAAAGACGUCGACUAUCAAAGGUUCAAGUUUGAUCCGGGAACCAGCAUCGUCCUUGGAGCACAUAUUUCUCAUCCCGAUUCUGGCGCUACCAAUCUGUGCCCGUCAGUCGCUUCAGUGGUCGGCAGUGUUGAUGGAAAUCUAACGCUGUUCCCUGGCUCGACCCGUCUCCUGCAGGCCAAAGAGAAAGAAGGGUCCGCUUUACCUAGCCGCUAUAUCGAAGGUCUUACCGAUAUGAUGAAGGAAAGAUUUGAAGCUUGGCAAGCUCAAUCUGGCCAGAAGGCAACCCGUCCUCUCAAAGUACUCUUCUAUAGGAGCGCGUAUCACAUUCCCGACGGAGAGACAUAUGUGAAAGAGAUCGAAGCUAUCAAGAGGGCAUAUUUGGAAGUAUUCUGGUCACCCCUUGAGGGGGAGAGCGGGUUGGCAUACAUGGUGAUGGGCAAGAACUCCCACAGCCAUACAUCGCGUACCUUCACUACCGCAGAACCUGGCAAGGAGCACGCUGCAAAGUACCAGUACUUCCUCCCUCAGGGCACAAAUACAACUGGUCUAACGACGGAGCAACUGGCUCAUGUGACCGCGACACUGAACGUGACAGCCCAGCUUGGGAACAUAUCGAGCAAGGCACUGCCGCUGGCAUAUGCCCAGAAACUCGCACGCCGAGUGCUGGACUACUUCCGCUGGUUCUCGCACAAAGACAUUACGAACUUCCCGCCCAUCGCCAGGCAAGCUCCUUAUGACGCGGAAGAUAAGGCAAAAGAGUUCAAGCGAUUUGUCGAGGAGUACUUGAGCACUACAACCAAACUUGGUCAAGCCACCAACGAACGCGACUUCGUGAAGUUUCGAGACGAUGACAAGCCGCUCACUUGGAACUCGAAGUUGGAUGGUAAGAUGUUUUAUCUUUGACCGUAGCCCGAGGUAUGAACCGGGACUGUGUGAGGUGGUAAGUCUCUAGUGGUGUUACGCAGGAGGCCUCAUUUCCCUUUUUCCUUCUCUUCCUUUCGAAUUGCGUUUUC